CUUCGCCGUCAUAUAUCCCUAUCACGCUCGCGGACUAGCACGGUCGGCGACACACCAACAUAGACAUUAUCCAAUCCAACCGGCCACUAGGUUUUACUCGUCUAGCCAGUUAGCCUUCAACCACCACCCCAGUCCUUCCCCUCGUCUACUUGACCCUUGCCAUCGCCCACUCCCGCUUCCAACAUGGCGUCCCUCGUUGAACAUGAGCGGAACAAGGCCGGCCUGCACCUUGAGACCACCACGACCCGCCUCGAGCCAAAGACUUCCCGAGAUACCCUCAUUCCCGACGGCCUCUCUCCCAUGGCCGAAAAGAACAUGACAUUAUCGCGCCCCUCAGACGUCUCUACCCCCUACAGCGCUCGUGCCAAUCCCUUCGAGUCCGACAUCGAAGCCAUGGUCACCAAUGAAACCUGCGUCAAGAAGAGCACAACAACAAAGGGAGCCACAACAGAGUGCCAGGUAUGGCCCGGUCAAGACCACUGGAAGCAAAAGGCGAAGGAUGCCAAGAUGAACCGUCACACUUGCAACUGUCUGGCGCAAAUGAGCAAACGCAACCGCAUCAUCGUCAAGGUCAUGAUCGGCUUGCUCGUUAUUGGUCUUGCCGUUGGCGUGGGCUUCGGCGUCAGCAAGCCGCUCGGUGCCGGCAUCUGGAAGAGCGAGAGGCAGAACCAAAAAUAACUGGACCAUCUAUGGGACACCUGGGUGCCGCCUUCUCGUUGAGAAUCUCUUGUUGGAUCCGCACAAUCGCCCAACAUGCGCAUCAUGAGGAUGCCGCGACUACAAAGAGGACGACUUCAUAGCCCUCUGUUUGAUAACCCUACCCGGCCCGCAACAGCCUGCCGACACUUUCCUUUGUCUUUUGUCUGUCGUUUCUUGGCAGGCUGCAUAACCGCCUUGCUUUUUGGUCUUCCAAGCGGUUACGGCGUUAAAAUGGUUUUAUAUCCUUCGUGCUCGGUCGGCCAUAGAACGCGACACAUGCGGAUGGCGUUGGGCGGAGUUUAGUUCGACUUGUUUCGAUAUGGCGAAAUGGAUUUUGACAACUACAUCUAUUCUUCUUGAUGCAAAUGGUUUGGGAAAGAAAGAGAAGGGAUAUUGAGGGGCUGUCAUGAUACAUCUUCAAGAGGAAGAACGUGAAGGAAAAGCGAUUGGUACAUGAUAUAUGCAACGCAAGGGAGAAAAGGGAUGACAAGGAAGCUGAAUGGAGCGGGGGCUGAAGACUUGAGCCACUGGGCUGGACCUGGACGAUGAUGGGAACAUGACGGAUUUCCCCAAAGCAUUGCAAGACUUAAUUCAGCAUCAGAUAUGGUUAUGGAUGCAGAUCUGAGAAGUGAGUCAGAAAGGCUCAUGCAGCUUGUAUCAGUUGGUUGUCAGUUGUUGUUGUGGUUGCUUCAGUUAGUGUUGCGAUUUGUGGAUGACUAAUGACAAUGGGUGCCCUUGCUGGUAUGCUUGGGUGCUUUGCUUCCCUGGUAUACUGUUCUCGUCCCGUUGACGUUGUUAUGUUAUUGUCGGCUUAGAUGGCUUUGCAAAGAUCAUGACUUGUUUGU